AUGGAGAAUAUCAAGAUCGCAGUUGUUGGCUUAGGCCCGGCAGGACUAACGGCGUUGAAGUUUCUGAGAGAAGAGGGAUUUGAUGCCGUCGCGUUCGAAAGGCGAGAAAAAAUUGGUGGGCUGUGGUCAUACAGCGAGAAUGCAACCUACACUUCCGCUCUGAAAGAGACCGUGUGUAACGUUAGCAAGUUCGUGUGGGGCUUCAGUGAUUAUCCUCUUUCAACAAAAUCCCUACCGUAUCCCACGAGCUCUCAAGUAGCGGCAUACUUCAACUCUUAUGCCUCCCAUUUCAACUUGCAAGAUCAUGUGCGUUUCAAUACUACAGUUCGGAAAGUGACCCGAAAUGCUGCCGAUACUGCAUGGGACGUCCACAUCACGAAUCCGGAUGGCGAUGCAGUUCUGUCCUUUGAUAAGGUGGUUUUCUGCCAAGGAGCGGAAACCACCCCAUCAUGGCCCUCAUUGCCUAACAGGGACAAGUUUAAGGGCGUCGUGAUACAUUCGCAGGCAUAUAAAAACCCGGAACCGUUUAAAGGCAAGAAGGUCUUGGUCGUGGGGAUCGGCAACACGGCGUGCGAUAUCUCCUUAGCACUCCGUAACCAUACUGCUAAACUGUAUCAAAGUUACAGACGUGGCAAGAUAAUGGUGUCGCGAACUUCGGAUAAUGGUAUCCCUUUUGAUGCGCAGUACUCGUGGCCGGAGGUGCGAUUGAAGUACUGUCUUGAUAGCAAGCUACCAUGGUUGAUGUGGCCGGUGACGAACAAAAUCAUGACCAAUAAAAUGAUCAACGAUACGGCUCGCUUUGGGCCUGAGUUGCCGGGAAUGUCUCGGAACGAGAAGCUCAAGUAUGCCGAACGCAAGCUUCGAGAGGACUGGCGUUUGCUUCCUCAUCCUAGUAUGGCGCACGUCCAUCCCGGAGCUCAAGAGGAGUUCAUCCCAGCUCUCUACGAGGAAGAGAUCAUUCCGGUGAAAGGGUUCAAGAGCUUUACCGCCGACAAAGAAGUUCUCCUCGAAGAUGGCACGAAGCUUGAAGUAGAUGUUGUCAUCUUUUGCACAGGGUACAAACUCGACUUCAGCAUUAUGCCUGAGAUGGAGAUGGACGGCGCUGCUGGGUUGCCGUUGAAAAAAGCGGUAGAAGAGCCUCUUGUCAAAAUGGACGGCGGGGAUGAGACUGCUGGUGAGAAUCAAGGCUCACAAAAGCCUCAUCUACCUCGGUUAUUCCAGAUGAUAUUCCCCCCACGCUGGGCAUCGUCUAUAGCUUUCAUGAACUGGAUGUCUCCCCAAGAACCUGUAUGGAGUGUGCGAGAACUUGCUUCGAUGGCGGUUUCUCAGAUCUGGGCAGCUGAGACUGCUAAGGCUGCGGGUGAACCCGUGCGCACCGAUGGGUAUCGCUCGCCCGCGCUACUCCCGUCCUUGGAUAAGAUGAAUGCGGAGGUUGACGCGUACCAGAACUGGUGGCGUGGUGAAUGGGAAAAGGAACGUUCCUUGAGUUCUGGUUACCUUCGCGCGCACUCGUUUUACCGAUUCCUCCACGAUGCGGCGGGGACCGGCCUAUACGACAACAUCGACCAUAUGUUCACCGGACGUGGUUGGGGGCUAUGGUGGAACGACCGGGAACUAUGGACUUUGCUCGCUAAGGGACCGAUGAACUGUUAUUCCUGGCGUCUAUUUGAAACGAAUCCCGACGGUGUGCCGGGAUGUGGGCGGAAGAUUUGGCCCGGUGCUCGAAAGGCCAUGCAAGAAGUGUAUGAAAACUACGAAGAGUUCAAACAUCAAGCGGAAGCGAGGUACAAGGAAAAUGGAAAUCAGGUCAAAAAUAACUAG